AUGUUCAAGCCUUCGGUCGCUCGUCAGGCCCUUCGGGCUGUCAACAAUGCCGCUACUCGCCCAGCUGCCAUCCGGGCAGCGGCGCGGCCAGCGUUGACCAUCAACACUCGCUGCAUCUCUUCGACCCCAUCGCGGCUGCAGGAUGAUUCCAAGAAGGGCACGACGGACCCCAACGGGGGUGCCUAUGCCCGUACCGACGAGAGCGUUGUCAUCGAGUACCCCAAGGAUGAGGAGAUGCCGCGCAGUCCCAUCGUCCAGGGCCGUGGCGGCAUGCACUUCAAGCGCACGCUGGCCCUGUUUUCCCUCGAAAACAAGGUCAGCGUCGUGACCGGAGGUGCUCGUGGUCUGGGUCUGGUUAUGGGCCAGGCGCUGGUCGCUUCUGGCUCUGACCUGGCCAUUGUCGACCUGAACAAGGAGGAAGCCGAAGAGCAAGCCAAGAAGCUCGUCGCCCAGUUCCAAGAGGAGAACCCCGGGCUGGAAAAGCUGCCUAAGGUUACGGCACACUACGCUGAUGUGUCGGAUCCCGAGUCCGUGAAUGCAGUCCUUGCGGAGAUCAUCCAGCAGCACGGUCGAAUCGACAACCUGGUUACCUCGGCCGGAUUCACCGAGAACUUCGACGCCAUCUCGUACCCGUACGACCGGAUGAAGAAGCUCUGGGGCGUCAACGUCGACGGGACCUACCUGUUCGCGACCGGGGUUGCCAAGCACCUGAUGGAGCGCAAGGCGCCGGGCAGCAUUGUCAUGAUUGGCAGCAUGUCGGGCGCCAUUGUCAACGUUCCUCAGCCUCAAGCCCCCUACAACGCGGCCAAGGCGGCGGUGCGACACUUGGCUGCCUCUCUGGCAGUGGAGUGGGCCAGUCACAACAUCCGGGUCAACUGCAUCAGCCCGGGUUACAUGCUCACUGCUCUGACCCGCAAGAUUCUCGACGAGAACCCCGAGCUGAAGCGCAAGUGGACUUCCUUGAUCCCGCAGGGAAAGAUGGGCACGCCCGAAGAUCUCAUGGGGCCUGUCACUUUCCUGCUUAGCGACGCGUCCAAAUACGUCACUGGUGCAGACCUGAGAGUCGAUGGAGGCUAUACCCUCACCUAA